ACUAAGCCCCGCCCCUUUGUUGUGACCGUAGCCACGAUGGCGGUGCCCGUGUACAUCGCAGCACUGUUGCAAUCAGAAAUCAUAGAAGAGAAUCUCGACAAAGAUGAGGGCGUUUGUGUGUUGGGUAUAUUUGGGAAAAGUGCAAUGCAACCCGGAUCAGCAAAAGAAUCUCUCAUAAACACUUUAGCAGAUAAACAUAUUUUCUCUCUCUUCGGGAGCAACGAGACUGACAGCACGGGCGGGGUAACAUCGAUCCAGGCGCAUUAUAAUCAGGAGAAACGCGUGCUGUAUUUGGUUUUAACAUCUGUUUUCGAUAACCGGCAGCUUAUUCGGGCUUGUGAGUCUUUGACGGUGGGUUUGGGUCACGCGGAAGCGCACGAGAUUUGGAAAGCUGCCGAGAAGGAUAACUGCCUGCAGCUAUUAUAUCUGUUCUCGCUUUGCCAUGUUCUUCUGCUGGUUCAUCCCACCUGCUCUUUUGACGUCACAUACGAUAGACUGUUUCGCGCGUUGGACGCGCUGCGUCAAAAAGCGCUUCCUCUGCUGCGCACCGCGAUCAAAGACUCACCUGUAUCCAAAGAAUGGAAGUUGAACUGCCGCCCGUGUCCUCCGCGCCUCCUGUUCGUCUUUCAGAUGAACGGAGCGCUCAGGGUGAGUUCUUCUGGGACUGGUGGGAAUGGAGCCGAUGGCUCUGGUGGGGAUAAACCCAAAAAGCACUCCCCCAGAAGGCGUCUCCAGCAUGCACUGGAGGAUCAGAUAUACAGGAUAUUUCGAAAAAGCCGUGUACUAACCAACCAGAGUAGUAACUGUCUCUUCACUGUGCCUGCCAACCAAGCAUUUGUUUAUGUGGUGCCAGGACCAGACGAGGACCCAGUCGGCUCUCUGCUGGGACAUCUGCGGUCCAACUGUGUUCUGCGGGAGAACGAAAGUGGCAUACCUGUUCCUGGGCAAAGAAGGUACCAGCAGAUGAGACAUUCAAAUAGGCAGCCCUCCUUCAACGUGGAAAGCAGCUUGUUUUCUGGAGGGCAGUUAGUGGACUGUACCUUGAAAGAGUUCCUUUGGCAGCACGUUGAGCUCGUACUGUCUAAGAAAGGUUUCGAUGACAGUGUGGGUCGCAAUCCGCAGCCGUCACAUUUUGAGCUGCCCACCUAUUCCAAAUGGGUUCAUGUUGCAUACAGACUUCAUCAGGUGAUGAUAGAGAACAGUGAAGAUGAAUCCACCGACAUCUCCCUCAAGGUGCAGGGUCAGCUCAAGGUACUAGAGGGGUUUCUUGACGCAGAUGCCAAAUUCUCUGAAAACAGGUGUCAGAAAGCCUUGCCCCUGGCUCACAGUGCGUACCAGUCCAAUCUUCCCCACAAUUACACCACCACGGUGCACAAGAAUCAGCUGGCGCAGGGAUUGCGAGUGUACAGCCAGCAUGCAAGGGGAGUUGCGUUUCAGAGAUACGCCUUACAACUUCAUGAGGAUUGCUACAAAUUCUGGAGUAAUGGACAUCAGCUUUGUGAGGAGCGAAGCCUUACAGAUCAGCACUGUGUGCACAAAUUUCAUCUGCUGCCAAAGCCAGGUGAAAAGCCAGAAAUGGACCACAAUCCUCCUAUUCUAUACCAUAACAGCAGGGGUCGCUCUACAAGUUCUUGUAACUGUGGCAGAAAGCAGUCCCCAAGAGAAGAUCCAUUUGACAUUCAGGCUGCCAACUAUGACUUUUAUCAAAUGCUUGAGGAGAAAUGCUGUGCAAAGUUGGAGAGGAUCAAUUUCCCAGUGUUUCAAGCCAGCACACCUGACCCAGCCCCUGCAAGUGAUGAGAUGCCCACAUCUGGAGAUGUACAUCCUUCAGGAGAAGCUGAACGUCUAAAGGAGAAAGAGACGAACACCCACACACCUGGUGAAAGCACGAGUCUGAGCCUCGCUCUUAGUUUGGGCCAGUCUACUGACAGCCUCGGAACAUACGGUGAGGGAGCUGAAGGGCAAGAAAAGAGACCAAGUUUGGUGGACAGACAGCCCUCCACAGUGGAGUUCCUUCCUGGUAUGCUUCAUUCUGGGUGUCCAAAGGGACUGUUACCUAAGUUCUCCAGUUGGUCUCUUGUUAAACUUGGUCCAGCUAAAUCUUACAACAGCCUUACUGGUUUAGAGCAACCUGGAUUCCUCCCUGGUUCUGCUUUUCUCUUGCCAUGGGAUGUUGUCAUUAGAAGCAGAUCAGAGGAGGACGUAGGUUUGAUUGAACCUUUGGAUGGAGGUCCAGCCUCAUGGCCAGCUCCAAAUAAAGCAUCAGCUGGAAAGCGAGGUGGUGCUGGGGGAAUAGGACGUGGCCGCAGACGGGACGAUAUAGCUCGUGCCUUUGUUGGUUUUGAGUAUGAGGACAGCAGAGGGCGCCGCUUCCUUAGUUCUGGACCUGAUAAAGUAGUAAAAGUGCUCGGGCAAGGUGGGCCAAAGGAACCUGCGACCAGAUGCUUGAAUUCAGACAUGCCUUUGUACAUUCUCUCUCCGGCUCAAGGUCGAGGAAUCAAGCCACACUAUGCUCAACUGGCUCGUCUUUUCAUUGUGGUCCCUGAUGCUGCUCUUGAGAUUGCCCUCAGUCCACAGGUCCAGCCAGGCCCCCCUCCCUGUCCUAUUUUCCAUCCAGAGCAAUCUGAGAUUGUGCUGCCCCCUGAUGGACUGUGGGUGUUACGCUUCCCUUAUGCCUUCAUGACAGACCGUGGACCCUGUUAUCCUCCUAAAGAAAACCAGCCACUAGCAAACUUCAGGGUGCUGAAGGGAAUUCUGCGUGCUAACACGACCAGUUCAACUCCACAGUAAAACAACCUGUGCACGGAAAUGCACCAUCCCUAGAACAGGGAUACAGAAAAGAUGCUCUGGACAUUAAGCCCACUUUCAUACUGUUGUCUUUCAUUGUAUGUGGUGUGUUUUUUUUGCGUUAAAUAUAUAGUUGAAAUAAUAUUGUAAAUUCACAGAAAGGAAAUUAAGAAAUGUUUACACUGCUAUCAAGAAUAAAACCUGUAAUGAGGAAAAAUGUGGUGAAAGACAAUGUCAUUACAAAGCCAACAUCUGAUUUUAAACAGUAUUCACUUCAGUUUACUGAAUAGUUAAUACCCUGGUUUUCUAUUGUUGUUGUUGUUUUUGGGAGAGAAAAAAUUACAAUACCAAGAAUAUAUAAAUUAAAAGAUG